AGAAGAAGAAGAAGAAGCCGAGUGGAACGGCUGUGCUCGGAAUGCUCUCUGCUGGAAACAGCGUAUCGGCCUCAGGCCGAGGAUCGUCGACUCCGUUUCUGAAUGAAGAUGCAAGCUACAAAGUUGUCCUCCCGCGUCUACCAACCGGUAACGAUGUGCUGAAUUCCAUUUUUCUUCAUGCGGACUUGAGUGGCAGACCAUACCGUGCUCCUGACUUCCGAGACGCUCUGCUUGAAGUAGUGGAUACUGCAGAUAUUAUAGGUGUAGGACAGUAUCAGAUGAGCCAUGUAUGGAUGGUUACCUGCGCUAGUAGUGCGGCGAAACAUAAACUCGUCGCCUGUGGUGAGCUCCGUGUCAAAGGACUGAAGUGCAUGGUGAUAGAUCCGGAGACUAAAAAUAUCAAGCUCAAAUUACUCUGGCUUCCGCCUCACCUUGAAGCUCGACGGGUUGAAGAGGCGUUCCAGGCGUACGGUCAGGUGAAGUCUGUCGAGAGAGAGGUGUGGAGAUGCACUGGUAUGGAACAGUGGGUGACGACAAACCGGGAGGUUUCCUUGGUGCUCAAGGAUACUGUCACCGUAAGCUCGAUACCACACAUUAUGUCCAUUUAUGGACACCAGUGCCUGGUACUUAUCCCCGGCAGGCCUCCGCUGUGCCUUCGUUGCAAGCGUGUGGGACAUGUCCGUCGACAAUGCAGAAUGCCGAGGUGCUUGCAGUGCCACCGAUUUGGUCACUCGGUGGACUCCUGUGUAUCGACCUAUGCCAAUAAGCUUCGUUCUGGGCAACACAGCGCAGAAGAGCCCCAACUGGACCAUCUCAUGGAUGCUACAGAGAUAGUCGAUGCUACCGGAGAAGCCACAGGCGGCAUCAGGGACGAAGAACAGGAGUCUCCAGAGCCAAUGCCGAGCAGCCACAGCAUCCCAAGCGAAGCUACUGGCAAUAACUCGGUUUGCACACAUGACCUAGAAAACCUUAAAGAAAAGCCCCCCGAUGGCGACAAGGAAGAAGAGGCGAUGGACAGCAGUCAAGCGAGGAAGCGUCCGGCACCGUGCAACGAUGAAACAACGGGGAGUGCAGUACAGGCACCCGAGAGUGUGCCUUCUAGUGCUCAACGGGUUCCCUCCCCUGGUGAUGGUGUGCCGCGGCGGUUUUGUCAGCGAAGUAAGGAGAGUGCUAUAAAGAAGUGCAAAGGGAGCAAGACCACAGAUUUACCUGUGGCCAAGGGUGAUGAAGAACAAAAGCUUUAGGUGAGCAAAAUGGCUACCGCCUUCACCCUCCCCUUAUGUGUAGCGACACUCAACGUGCGUGGGCUGCGGAGUAUAAGGCGUCAGCAGCAGUUACUCCACGUGCUUAGGCAGCAUGAAAUUGAUGUUGGUGCAGUGCAAGAGACCAAGAUUUCUUCUGCUACCGAUGCUAACCUUGCGCUGCAAAUUUUUCAACCAGAUUAUGAGGUGUGUGUUAGCCAAGCGUGUGGUGCUUCCGCUGGAUGCUUUUUGUUAGUUAGAAAGCAGUUGAAUCACGCUUCAUUGUCGCUACGUGUUGAUGGGGAAGGCCGCUUUCUAUGUUGUGACCUCUCUUUUCGUUCCCGUAAUUGGCGGUUUAUUUGUGUCUAUGCUCCCCUAAAGUGAGUGACAGGAAGGCUUUCUUUCUGUCUCUUGCUCCGUUCCUAGACACUGACAGAGAUUUGGUAGUUUUGGGAGACUUUAACUGUGUUUGUGAUCAUAGAGACCAUUCAUACCUAACAAAGCGUUAUGAUGCAAGUGCAACUUUGCUUCAGCAAUUACUGGAAGACCACAAUCUAAUAGACGUGGGAGCCUACACGCCUUCUUGCGUGCGGUUCACGCACUUUCAAGGCGUCUCUCAUGCUCGACUUGAUCGUGUGUAUGUUUCGACGGAUCUCUGGUCUCACAUUCACAACUACGCCGUGAAGCCUAUAUUUUUCACAGACCAUUGUUUAGUGGCUGUUUCAUGGGGUCCCAGAAAGUUUCGCAAGUUUACUCCAAAUUGGGAAUUGUGGAAACUUAACACAGAACUUUUACGAGAGGAAAAAUUUGUAAACAAAGUGAAAGAAUUAUUUCUAGAGAUAACGCAAUGUCGACAGCUCCCACUGUUUGCUCAAUGGGAAAUGUUCAAACAGAGAGUAAAAAAUGAAGCGAUUGCUAUUUCAUGUGAGCUAUCUCAAAGAAAAAAUGCAGAAAAACAUCACCUUUAUAAUCUACUUCAUAAGCUGCACGCUUUCGAAAGCCAGGAGCCAGGGUUGUAUAGCGACGAGAUAAAUACAGUUCGAGCAGAGGUACAGAAAUAUGAGACGGAAGCGUACAGAGGAGCAGUGGUGCGUUCACGCACAACUCGUUUCACAGAUGAGGAGCCCACAAAAAGGGCUCUUGGUGAUGAAAAGCGAUA